CUUCAAGUCCCACGCGACCUUGGGAAAGCACGUGCCAUUUAAAUACUGAAUUUCCUUUUCAAAACAUUUGUUUGGCUCAGCAGAUUGUUGCUGUAUGACAGGAUUGGGGUUUACAGUGUCCGUCUGUCUUAUCCACAGUUGAACACCAGCAGAAGUGAAGUGAUCAUUGAAGAUAGUUUGGAGAAGGUCUGAAGUGUCUACGUGUGAUGAGAGUUUGACAGGAGCACGUCAUGAUGGAUGAAGACAGUAAACCAUUACUGGGUUCGAUGCGAGCGGUGGUGGACUAUUACACAGAUUCACUCGACUCCAGACAGAGAAGGCCGUUUCACGUGGAGCCAAAAAAUAUAGUAGGUGAAGAUGUUCAGGAGAGAGUCUCUGCUGAAGCUUCAGUCCUGAACAGUAGAGUUCACUACUACGGCCGUCUAACAGCUUCUUCAGACAGACUGCUGGUUCCUCCAGAUCAUGUGAUUCCUGCUGCUGAGGACAUCUAUGUCUACAGUCCAUUGGGAACAGCGUACAAAGUACAGGGAGGUGACAGUCCUUCCAAAAACCCCAGCAUUGUCACAAUUUUUGCCAUAUGGAACACCAUGAUGGGAACAUCCAUAUUGAGUAUGCCAUGGGGGAUAAAACAGGCUGGCUUCACUCUGGGCAUCAUCAUUAUUGUUCUUAUGGGUCUGCUGAUGCUCUACUGCUGUUACAGAGUAUUGAAAUCCACAAAGUCAAUACCUUACGUAGAUACAUCAGACUGGGAGUUUCCUGAUGUAUGUAAAUAUUACUUGGGGGCGUUUGGAAAAUGGUCGAGUCUUAUAUUCUCUUUGGUGUCAUUGGUCGGUGCAAUGGUGGUCUACUGGGUUCUUAUGUCCAAUUUCAUGUUCAACACGGGGGAAUUCAUUUACAACUAUGUUCACAAUGUCAGCACAUCAGAUAAAGAGUAUGGCACCAAUGGUUCAGAGAGAGUGGUUUGUCCGUAUCCAGAUUUGGAUCCAGACAGGAACAGAAGUGUUGUCUUGUUCUCUGUGAGUGACAACGGUACAGGACAUGCAACGUUUGACCGCUGGUGGAGUAAAACCAACACCGUCCCGUUCUACCUCAUCGCUCUUCUCCUCCCACUACUCAACUUUCGUUCUGCCUCCUUUUUCGCCAGGUUCACCUUUCUCGGCACUUUAUCUGUAUUGUAUCUCAUCUUUCUCGUCACCCUUAAAGCCAUUCGACUCGGCUUUCACCUUGAGUUCCACUGGUUUGUGUCCUCUGAGGUUUUUGUUGCAGAGUUUAGGUCAACGGUUCCUCAGCUGAGUGGUGUUUUGACGUUAGCAUUUUUCAUUCACAACUGCAUCAUCACGCUUAUGAAGAACAACAAACAUCAAGAAAACAAUGUGCGAGAUCUGUCAUUGGCUUAUCUCCUGGUAGGUUUAACAUACCUCUACGUUGGUGUGUUGAUCUUCGCUGUGUUUCCAUCUCCUCCUCUGUCUAAAGAUUGCAUUGAGCCAAAUUUUUUGGAUAACUUCCCCAGUGGUGACAUCAUGGUGUUUGUAGCGAGGACCUGCCUUCUGUUCCAGAUGACCACGGUUUACCCUCUGCUGGGGUAUCUCGUCCGAGUACAGCUGAUGGGGCAAAUCUUUAGUAAUCCUUACCCCGGUUUCCUCCAUGUCUUUUUUCUGAACAUCUUUGUCGUCGGAGCAGGAGUCCUCAUGGCAAGAUUUUACCCCAAUAUUGGCUCUAUUAUUAGGUUUUCUGGUGCCAUAUGCGGUUUGGCUCUUGUGUUUGUUCUGCCAUCAUUGAUUCAUAUGAUCUCAUUAAAACGGCGUGAUGAGUUACGCUGGCCCUCAGCUCUCUUUCACACCUUCCUCAUCCUGCUGGGCGUGGCCAAUUUAAUUGGACAGUUCUUCAUGCAAUGAACCUGUGCUUUUUUUGUUUACCUGAUGGACAAGAGGACAUCAAUCCUUCUCAGUCGUGUUGUUUGGAGAUUAACCAACUAAUCGUGUUUUAUUGCAGUUAUAGACACCCACAUAUAAUGCCUUGUUUGGUUUAUACAUUCAUUUUAAUGUCUUUUAUCACUUCUCAUUAGCUCUGUGCAAUCUUUUACAUGUUUUCUACAGGGAGCCGAGUGUUUUAUUUCUUCGCUUCUCUGUCAUUUAAACUUCUUUAGAAUCAAAUCACAGUGUAUUUACUGCACCUAUAGCAAGAUUUUAUACAGUUUAUUCAUUGGUUGAAUAUGGUGACACACACACGGAUUGUGUGAAAUGAACUGCCAGUUACUUUACUGUUCAUUUCUUUAAAUGAUUCACAUCUCAAAUGAGGUUUUAUGAUCACUAGGACCAACACACUUGUGCAUGUGCAAUAUAAACACAACUCAACAGUCUUCCAAACCCACUUUAUAGUGUUGUGUUAAAUGUGAUCAAUUAAAGCUGCUUAUUGGAUGCAUAAAGGGAAAAAAAAGAUAUAUAUGUAUUUCUGUAUGUUGUUCACUUAUUUGAUAAUGCACAUGAAUAAGGGAAACCUAAAUUUGUACCCUUUUGUGAGUUUCCAAAGAGUCAUUUUUAAUUUUGUAAUUAUUCUUUGUUCAGUUUUUAUCUUCUAUGCCUUUUAAUAUAUUAAACGAAAGUGAAAUUGUGA